AGUUGCAAAAAAAUAUUUAUUCGUGGAGGUGGUGUUCUUUCGCAAGUUUUUUUUUAUUUAAUUACGGAUUUUAAGUAAUCUCUUUACAGAACAUUAAAUAAACAAAAUUUCUUUUAUUAUUUGGCAACAAGUAACUCAUAUUGAGAGAAAAAGUAUUAAAUAUUUACGUGCCUUUUGUAAGUAUUUGAACUUGAAAUUUUAGAAUCGAAUAGGAGACGCAACAUAAAGCAAGAAUAUACAAUAAAUCGAAGUCAAAAGACAAGUGUCGUCUGCCUGUGUAACAUUUAACAGAAUAUUAUGCAACGAAUUGCAGUAAUUGGUGGCACCGGCAUGACCGGACAAUGUGUAGUGGAUUAUGCAUUACAAAAAGGUCUUCAAGUACGUUUGUUGUAUCGCACAGAAAAAACGGUACCAGAACGUUUUAAGGGCAAAGUAGAUAUGGUGCAAGGCAAUGUUACUAAUUAUGAUGACUGCUUAAAAGUGGUAGAAGGUGUAGAUGCUGUAUGCGUUAUUUUGGGCACACGUAAUAAAUUAGAGGCAACCACCGAACUUUCAACUGGCACCGCCAAUCUCAUAAAAGUAAUGAAGGCAUUAAAUGUUACGAAAUAUUCUAUUGUUAUGUCUUCAUUUCUAUUACGUCCCGUAUCCGAGGUACCGGCUAUGUUUCAUCGUCUUAAUGAGGAACAUCAACGUAUGUUGGAUCUAACAAAAGCAUCGGAUUUGGAAUAUAUUGCUAUACUUCCACCACAUAUAGCAGAUGAACCUUCCUCUGCCUAUACUGUACUACAUGAUGAGGCUCCUGGACGUCUUAUAUCUAAGUAUGAUUUGGCCAAAUUUAUAGUGGAUUCCUUAGAACAGCCGGAACAUUAUGGUCAAGUGUGUGGUAUUGCAAAAAAGGCUGAAUAAUUGUAAGUUUUACCAAUGGAAUUUAUAAUAGGCAUUUAAUGCAUACAAAUUUACAUAAAAAUACAAUAGUGCCUUAAAGAUGUAUAAGUUUAGAACAAAAUUGGCACUAAAAUGUUUAAGCAUUUUUAUUGCAUUUUUAACCUUUCAAUUAGAAUGUUAAGUGAAAACUAUUUGAUAUGCUUUGAGUUUUUUAAAUUGCGUAAUUAAAAAAUAUACUAAGUAUAACGGCAGCUCUUUAUUACAAAAAAUUAUAGUUUUUAUAUUAAAAUCUUAAAAGUCUCAAAUAAACAUAACUAACAUAAUCAUUUAUCAAAGGAAUAUGAAACAAAUUUUGUUUUAUAAACCUUUAAUAAAUUGUUAUGAAUAAUGUCCUUUAAGUAUUAAAAAAUGUAUUACAUCGGUAUGUUAAAUCACUUGUAAAGUUAAUAAAAUUUACAUAGAAAAAAACUAACUUUUAUUAA